UUCAGUCCAGCUGAGGGCGUCACUCAGACAAAAUACGUGCAGCACGUCGCAGCGAAGAAGACGUUCCCCGGAAGUCGUUCCCCGGAAGUGCGGUUGUAACACACUUGUAAACAACUCGCGAGCAGCCGACAGCUCAAGGUUUAGCUGAAGAUCAUGUCGAAGAAGGAGGGUAACGUUAAAGUGUCGGAGGGGGUCGUAGAUCUCGAAGAGCCGAAGAAAAUGACCCGAGAAGACUGGAGGAAGAAAAAAGAGCUGGAAGAACAGAGAAAAUUAGGAAAUGCUCCAGCUGAAGUUGACGAGGAGGGAAAGGAUAUCAACCCUCAUAUUCCCCAGUACAUCUCAUCUGUCCCUUGGUACAUCGACCCAUCAAAGAGACCCACCCUCAAGCACCAGAGACCCCAGACAGAGAACGAGAAACGGUUUACACCCAUCGGAGACUGGUACAAAAGAGGUGUACAAGAAAAACCAGUCAGCACAAAAUACAGAAAAGGAGCAUGUGAAAACUGUGGUGCCAUGACACAUAAGAAGAAAGAAUGUGUGGAGAGACCCAGAAAAGUUGGCGCAAAGUUUUCUGGCACAGACUUGGCACCAGAUGAGCACGAACAGAUUCAGCUCUCAAUGGAUUAUGAUGGAAAGAGAGAUCGCUGGAAUGGCUAUGAUCCUGAUGAGCACAUGCGCAUUGUAGAGGAAUAUGCAAAAGUUGAUCUGGCUAAGCGUACUCUCAAAGCUCAGAAACUGCAGGAGGAGUUAGCUUCUGGUAAAUUAAUGGAUCAAGCUAAUUCAAGGAAGCAUCUUAUCGAUGAUGCAGCACAGGACCACAGCAGUGAAGAUGAGGAUGAUGACAAAUAUGUUGAUGACUUUGACAUGCCUGGACAAAACUUUGAUUCCAAGAGACGAAUCACAGUUAGAAACCUGAGAAUCCGGGAGGACAUUGCUAAGUAUCUCAGAAAUCUGGAUCCAAAUUCAGCCUACUAUGAUCCCAAGACUCGAGCUAUGAGGGAGAACCCAUACUCCAACACUGGAAAGAAUCCAGAAGAGUAGAAGCGACGGGAACACUUUUUUUCGUGUUGGUCUAACAUUGUUUUGUGCGUCUCCUCUGCAGUCUUUGCUUGGGAAGCCUAUGAGAAGGGAUCUGAAGUUCACCUCCAGGCAGAUCCCACCAAGCUGGAGCUUCUCCAUCAGUCCUACAGAGUCAAAAAGGAUGAAUUCAAAGAGAAACAGAAAGAGAGUAUUUUGGAAAAGUAUGGUGGGCAGGAACACUUGGAUGCCCCACCACGAGAGCUUCUGCUGGCUCAGACAGAGGAGUAUGUGGAGUAUUCUCGUCACGGAGCUGUGUUGAAAGGACAGGAGAAGGCUGUGGCCUGUUCCAAAUAUGAGGAGGACGUGCUCAUUAAUAACCACACGUGUAUCUGGGGAUCGUAUUGGAAAGAUGGCCAUUGGGGUUACAAAUGCUGCCACUCAAUGGUGAAGCAAAGUUACUGUACAGGAGAAGCUGGCAAGAAAGUAGUGAGCAAUUCUUGUAUUCCAUUUGAAGAUGAUGAAGAGGAGGCCCAAACGAGUAAAGAACCAAAGACUCUUUUACAGGUACAUUUACAUAAAAAAAUGAAAGACAAGAAAAAGAAGAAAAAGAGCAAGAAACAUAGAGAUUCUGACAGCAGUGAUGAGGAAGAUGAAGCAAAAAAGACAGAAAAGCUGAAGAAGGCAUUGAGUGCGGAGGAGCAGAGGCUGAAGCAGGUGUCUGUAAUGAUGCAGCUCGAUGAGAGGAAGCGGCCGUACAACAGCCUAAAGGAAGUGCGUGAACCCACAGAAGAGGAGAUGGAAGCCUUCCGCAUGAAACGUUGCCGACCCGAUGACCCCAUGGCCCCUUUCCUGGGGCAGUGAAUGAAAAAAUAAAUGUCUUUUGUCACCAACCAAA